CCGACCUACCCUCCGGUAUUUCCAAGAACACAGCGUUCCAACCCCCUAAAAAUCGAUAUGCAGCCUGUUUGAACUCUAAAUAUCUGUUCAAAUAGUUUACUAGAUUUUGUGUAUGUUCCUAUUGAAGGAUAGUUGAGUUUUUCGCAUUUUUAACAGUUUAUCCGGAUUUUCAUUGUGUUGGAGGUCAAUUUUGUGGCGUUUCAAGUGCGGGGCAGUAGAUGACAGUAUGGCGGAGACCAUCAGGGAUGUCUUUACACAAUAUGAAUUAAAUUAAAUGUACCCUCAGUUCAUCAACGACAAAUAUAUUAUUCUCUUCAGAACUAGGAAGUAGAAAAAAAUCAUCCAAAAUGAAUAAACAAUUUGAAAUGGAACAAGGUCAACAAAAAUCUUUGUACAUGGAACAACUGGAGGCAAUGUUGAAGAGAAAUAUACUGCUAAAAAAAAGAGAAAAAAGGAAAACCUUGGCUGAAGUCUUGUUACCCUUAUACUCUUUGGGUUUGUUGAUCUUGAUCAAACUUUUAAUACCCAACCCCAAUUUCCCUGAAAUGACGACACCAAGAGGAGAAGCUGAAUUGUUUCAAUAUUUUCAACACUUCCAAAAUCAUACUGUAGCUGUAGUACCAAAUACAACUGAUACUUUGGAUUUUUUGAAUGAAGUCAACAAAUUGUGGUUGGCAACUCAAGAAGUGGAAGAUCGACAUAAAGAUCCCAUAAAUUGGUUAGUUUAUCCUUCAAAAUCGGAAUUAUUGAAAGCAUACUGGAGGGCACCGAAGCAGAUACCAAUUGCUGUUAUUUUCGAAGAACCUGGACCUAUAAAUGGAAGGCUGAAAUAUGAAAUAAGGACAAAUCCUACUUAUCACGAAACUCCUGCAACCACAGUUUUGUACAGUUCGCCUGCUAAUUGUAGGCAUUUCGCAAGUUCAUGGACAGAUGUUUUGCCAAUAGAGUCAGGGGAUAGUUGUCCUGUUAAUGAAUAUUAUUAUUCUGGAUUUGUGGCACUCCAAGCUCUGCUGGAUUACACCAAAAUAAAAAUUGAUUCUGGGAGACAGGAUUUCAAAAUGCCACAAAUAUCCCUAGAAAUGUUUCCGAAGGAAGCGUUCAUAGCUGAUUGGAUGGUCAUAUUUCGUGUGAUGGUACCUCUUUAUAUGGUAACUGCUCUAUCCCAAUUCAUCACAUACUUGUUGAUACUUAUAAUAGGAGAGAAAGAAAAAAAAAUAAAGGAAGGAAUGAAAAUCAUGGGACUAAGAGAUUCCGUUUUUUGGUUGUCUUGGUUCAUUAUAUACGCAGUAUUCGUUUCAAUUUAUGCAGUAGUAUGUUGCUGUCUACUUUAUGCGUUGAGGGUUUUUCAAAACACGAACUUUCUUCUAUUAUUCCUAUUGGUUCUUCUAUUUUCAUUUUCCAUCAUCAUGUUUGGAUUUAUGAUAACACCGUUCUUUGAUAAAUCAAGAACUGCAGGAAUUCUUGGAAACUUCAUCGUUAUCAUAAUGAGCUUGUUUUAUUUCAUUCAACUAAUAUUUGAAAAUUCCAACUCGACUAUAUUAUGGAUCAUAUCCCUAAUAAGCUCUUCCGGAUUUGCUGUUGCAAUGGAUAAGGCCUUGGUAUUGGAAUUAUCGGGACAAGGUGUUAGCUUUGAAAACUUAUGGGAGGGCGAAGGUAUCUCCUUCGGAGGAAGUUUGGUAAUGAUGGCCUUUGAUACUGUAAUUUAUGGUCUAUUGGCUUAUUAUUUAGACUCAGUCGUGCCUAGUGAAAGUGGUAUCAAAAGGAGCCCAUUCUUCUGUUUCAAACCCUCCUUUUGGUGUUCAAAUAAGCCUGUUAAAGACUAUCCAAUAGCUAAUGGGGCUUCAGUAGGAUCUCUGAAUACUGGAGAAGAUGGUAAUGUGGAUGUGGAACCAGUUAAUAGAGAAAUGAAGGGAAGAGAAGCUAUCAGAAUAGUGGAUUUGUACAAAUCUUUCACUAACUGCCGAAAACCGGAAAUAAAGGCUGUCAAUGGAAUCAAUUUAACUAUCUACGAAGGACAGAUAACUGCUAUUUUGGGACAUAAUGGUGCCGGGAAAACAACUUUGUUCAAUAUUUUGACAGGACUCACUUCACCUAGUUCUGGUACAGCUUACAUAUUCGGCUAUGAUAUCAGAGACCCAAAUGAUAUGGAUAAAAUCAGAAGAAUGACAGGUGUUUGUCCACAACAUGAUAUUUUGUUCGAUAACUUAACACCAAAGGAACAUUUAGAGUUUUUCGCAGCAGUAAAAGGUAUUCCCGAGAAGUCGAGAGAAUUUGAAGUUAUGAAAGUUUUGAGAGACAUAGAUCUGAGCGAUAAAGCGGACUCUUUUGCUAGAUAUUUGAGUGGUGGUCAAAAACGAAAGCUCUCCAUCGGAAUUGCGCUGAUAGGUGAUCCAAAGAUAAUAAUAUUAGACGAACCAACUGCAGGAGUGGAUCCCUAUUCGAGAAGACACUUGUGGUCAUUUUUACAGAAUAGAAGGCAUGGAAAGGUGAUACUGUUGACCACACACUUCAUGGAUGAAGCUGACAUAUUAGCUGAUCGUGUAUCGGUGGUAUCUAAAGGAAGUAUAAGAUGCUGUGGGAGCUCCUUAUUUUUGAAAAACAAAUUUGGCAUAGGAUAUCAUCUUACCUUGGUUUUAGAAGGUGUUGCGAAGGAGCAUCAGAUAACGAAGCUCGUCACAAAUCAUGUUGCAAAAGCGGAGAAGGAUAGAAGGCAUGGCAGGGAACUGAGCUUUAUAUUGCCGCACAAUGCUGUCGACAACUUCGCGCCACUUUUCUCAGCAAUUGAACAAGAAAUCAACAGUCAAAAUGGCAAAUUGGGUAUCUCUAGUUACGGUGUUUCGAUGACGACACUUGAAGAGGUGUUUUUACACCUAGAAAGAGAUGAAGAAGAACUAGAAGAGGAACAAGUAGAUGAAUUUUCUAAGAAGAUUGUACGAAGUAGAGCUUUGAGCAGAAGUUUGAGUCUACAAAGUAAAAGUACCAGUUACCAAAGUCUCCAGAAUGAGGGGAACAACAUUGGAAACAUAGAUACUGAGUGCGAACCAUCGAUUUGUCAAACUUUAUUCGCUCUUCUUCAUCUACGAGUUAUAAGAAUAUGUCGAGAUAUCCAAAAACUGUACUUUAUGGUGUUUUUACCUCUUGGAUUGGCAGCUCUCGGCUUGUAUUUGAAUGGAAAUCAAACAUCUGAACCUAAACAACAGACUUUAGCAUUGAAUGGAAGUACCUACCCGGGUACUACACUAGUUGUACAUAAUGGUUCGGACAAAAAUCUAGACACGUUUUUCGAUGAAAUGAUUUAUUCUGGUGCUAAACAAAUAGAUGAGUAUAAUGGAAACUUUUCAUUACUUCUCGAGAUGAAGCCUCAUAUGGCUGCCUUGAACAUAAACACAUUCAACUAUCCAGAACACAGUUUAACUGUUGUAUACAACGACACCUUUCAACAUGGAUUACCAAUUGUGAUAAAUUUGAUAAGUAACUCCUUUUACAGGUUAAUGACCCAAGAUAAAGUUAGAACAGGCCAAUGGGAACCCAUAGUAUUGAACGUUCAGCCAUUUCAGCAAAUAGCCAAACCUGAAGGAUUCAAUUUGGGGGUUUUCUCAGCUGCUACCUUUAUUGGUAUGAUAUUCGUUCUAGUUCCAGCUAGUUUAUCUGUUGACAUGGUAUAUGACAGAGAGAUAAAAGCGAAAAACCAGCUUCGGGUCAAUGGGUUAUCUUUUUGUCUCUAUUUUAUAACGUAUUUACUGGUGCUAAUGGGUCUCAUGUUAAUUAUAUGCAGUGCAAUUUUCCUUAUAAUAGCGUUGUUCAAAAUACCAACCUUAGACAGUUGGCCAGCUCUCUUGACGCUUGCAGUUUUGAUCUUUUUAUAUUGUCCCUGUUCUAUACUGUUUAAUAUAUGCUUGAGCUAUAUAUUCGACAAAACAGAUACUGCACAAGCUAUGCUUCCCAAUAUAACAACGUUCUGGGGCGUGGUACCAUUUUAUUUUGUUAUGGUGCUGGAUAUGAUCGGAAUCGGAGGUAACGUAUCCUUCAUCCUCCACACUAUAUUUUCACUGACAAACAUCAUGUACAUGCCGUUUGCUAUAAUUUACUAUGUACAGCGUGUUUAUAUAAUGUGUGAGCAUAACUCUGCUUGUGGAGAACUCGGUGUAACAGAUUAUUUAACGAAUGAGAUUGUUUUAAUGUUAGUUGGUAUAUUCAUAAGCAUGCCACUUUAUUUCUUCGUGUUAGUUGUAUUGGACAUCCAAAAGGGUGGAGGAAAGGUAGGAGAUGCUCUGAAAUGCUUCUUCUUCAAGCAAAAUACACCAGAAGUUGUUGAUGAUGUGAGCGAAAUGAGCGAUAUAGGAGAGAAUGAAGAUGACGACGUGAAAACAGAACGCCUAAAAGUGAAAAACUUGUUGCAUACACACACUGAACAUCCCCCUGUUAUCAUUGCCCAGAAUUUACACAAAGAGUACAUCAACAACAGUUCUCCGGGGAUGUGCGAAUGCUGUUUCAAAAGAGAAAACGAAAUGGAAUCUCCUCCAAGAGUGGCAAUCAAAAGUCUGUCGCUAUCUGUAGAUGCGGGAGAAGUUUUGGGUUUGCUGGGACAUAAUGGUGCUGGUAAGACAACGACAAUGAGAAUAAUAACUGCAGAGGAAGCUCCGACCAGAGGAAGGGUACAAAUUUGUGGCAAUAGCAUAACAUCAAACAUGAAUGAAGUAUUCCACCAUCUGGGUUAUUGUCCACAACACGAUGCUCUCUGGAAAAAUAUCACAGUAAGAGAACAUUUAGAAUGUUACGCUGCCAUCAGGGGAGUUCGACGCUCGGAGAUUCCUAAGGUGGUCAACCUAUAUCUGAGCGGUCUACAAAUUCACGAGCACGCAGACAAACAGACACAACAAUGCUCUGGAGGAACCAAAAGGAAGCUUUCAUUUGCCAUGGCAAUGAUUGGCUAUCCGAAAAUAGUUUUGCUCGAUGAACCUUCCACCGGGAUGGACCCAAAAAGCAAGCGUUUCUUAUGGGACACGAUAAUAGCCAGUUUUCAGGGCUCUCGGGGUGCUAUCUUAACAACACAUUCAAUGGAGGAAGCCGAUGCUUUAUGUUCAAGAGUUGGCAUAAUGGUAAAAGGAGAGUUGAGGUGUUUAGGCCCCACCCAACACCUAAAAAACCUAUACGGCGCUGGUUACACUCUUGAGAUAAAACUGAGGGGCGGCGACAGCACUCCUACUUCGACGACUGGUGAUAAAGACAACGAACUUAGAGAUUUUGUAAGCAAUCUCUUCCAGGAUGCGAAUCUUCUUGAGAGUUUCGGCGAUAGAUUAGUGUUCAGUGUACCGCAAUCUUCGGUGCCUUCUUUGGCGAAAUGCUUCACAAGUCUUGAAAAAGCUAAAAUCGAGCUCGAUAUUGAGGAAUAUAGUUUCAGUCAAACAACUCUAGAACAAGUUUUCCUCAAGUUUGCGCAGUAUGAUGAAGUCAACUCAUCUGAAUAGCCUACGCCAUUGGAUCCUACAUUUCUUUCCAGUUAACGUCAAUUUAGAAAAAUAUUUAGUUAUAUACCUAUUCGCAUUCAGAGAAUUCUAUUUCAAGAUCUCUAAAGAGUUUAUUGAACUGCUGAGGUUGAUAAGAAAUUUGUUUCGUUACAAUUAAGAACAUCGAUGUUAUAGAGCAGUAACACAUCAAAAACUGUAAGAAUUCAAAGAAACAUGAAUUGAGAAGGUUACAUCCGGAAAUGACUACUGAAAUAUUUUGCUUAUGUUUCUGGUGACGUGGUAAAACUCUGUAAAAAAAAAUCUUCUACUAUACAAUUCUACUUCAAUGAGCUAUUUUUGAAAAUUAAUACCCGUCAGUGCCAAAUACCCAAUACUGCCAAAAUUCAAUCAGCUUUUGAUGUGUUAAUUACUGCAGAUGUUUGUUUUAAUGAUCAAUGAACUUUAUUGAUUUAAUUCGCUAUAAUCAUGGAAUAUGUAAUGAUUUUUAGGAUCAUGAUUAAAGAUCAGGAAUAUGUAAAUGUAAAGAUUUUUGACAUUAUCUGUGAUUUUUAAAUAAAUCUUUUGAUCAUGUGCUAAAAAAGUAUUGUUAUUAACUCUAACUUCCUUGAAGGAAAUUAGAGUUUUACGAAUCAUGUAAAUCCACCCUUUCUAAUGAAAUGAAUAUUUGUCGUUAGUUACAAUAUAUUAAAGAUAUCCUUUGAGUGAGUAUUAAAUUUUUAUUUUGUGAUAAAUUUUCAAAUUAAGUUCAACCGAAAAAUGUUGAAAUUAUUAAAUCAGUUCCUUAACGAUGUUUUUCAUUAUUAUUCUUUUUUGUGUGUUCUUAAUAAUAAGACUAGUGCCUAAUGUUAUAGUUCAAUAAUGACACUUGAUUUGUCCACCCAAAAAUUGGUAAUAAUGAAUGCUCCCUACUUUUAGGUGGAAUUCCUUGGCUUUUCACGUCAAUAUUCUGUUCCUAAGCAAAGUAUCGCAUAAAUAGUAAUAUUUAAGCUAAUAUUUUCAAUAAGUUUGAAAGGUAUAUGUAUUAUUGUGAUCUAAAAUUCUAGUAAAUAUGUUUGUUUUGGAAGUUUAUCUGAAGUUAUUUUUGUGUAAUUUUGAUAGAUUUAUGGCUUUAUAUGUAUUAUUUCCAACGAAUGUAAAUUUUUCAUUUAAUAAAUAUUGAACAAAA